AUGUCUGGUAGACGAGUUUGUAACAUCGCCGCCUUGCCUGUUGUGGUGUGGACGUUCUCGUCGAAGUAUAUCGCGUUCCUUUCAGCGAGAAGAGUCGAUGUGGACUCGGUAAAAUCGGACACAGAGGAGGGCGAUGAUAUAACGAGUGUUGUGGCUACGGUGGGGUCAAACCGUUCACGUAAUGAUGACUUCGUUCAUUAUAGGCCUUGCAUGAAGGAGAGGUUCGCUGUCCCAGUGAUUCGAAUGACGGAUAGCCUUAUUCGCGGACUACUUCGCGGUGUGAAGACAUUCAAAAUUGGCCACCCGGGUAAAAGUCCGAUACGAGGUGCUGUCGCAGACUACGAACGGUUCGUGGAGGCUUCUCGGCGUGAGGACAUCGACACGUAUAUGGGAUUCGCGACACGUGGCGUGUUUCAGCCCCAUGUCCCCGUUGCUCCAGGGUAUCCUGGUGUCGUAUUCUUGGGACAUUGGCUUUCUGAAGUUGAACUAGAGUCGGAUUAUCCUUGGCUCACCAUGCUGGACAGAGGAGAUUUCGAAUAUUUGGGAACAUACCGAUAUGUGCGCCUGCCCCCAUUGACGCGUGAGCAAUGGCUUACCCAGCCUAAAAGUGUUCGGCAAGCGUGGUCGAGGUAUUUUGCCUGUAGUGAAUUGGAACUGGGUAUCGAAGAACGCGUACGCACGGCCAUCCAGGUUAAGGACACCUUCACGAGCACUCGAAUUGGACGUCGUGUGUGUACUUUAGACGAUGCUGCAUUCUUGUCCCCGGAGGACAUCAUGGCUGCUUGGGACUAUGGUUGGGCUUUUCCUCUUCCAUAUGCUUUAAUAUGCACUGGUUUCGACGUCGGUCUCGAUGAUUAUAUACGGUCUGUCUGUUCUGUUUGA